GAGCAGUUCCUGCACUUGGCCAUCAGAAAGCAGGUCUCCUACAGGAAAGCUAUUGCCAAAUCCAGUCUCCAACACAUGGUAGCCCAGCCAAACCCAGCACUAGCCAUGAGGAGCGACUCGGAGAGGCAGAUACGCAGCACUGUGGAUUGGAGCGAGGCUGCGGUCUAUGGGGAGCACAUCUGGUUUGAGACCAAUGUCUCUGGGGACUUUUGCUACGUUGGGGAACAGAACUGCAUGGCAAAGCUUCUGCAAAAACCUCUCUCCAGGCGCAAGUGUGCAGCCUGCAAGAUUGUAGUGCAUACACCCUGCAUCGAACAGCUGGAGAAAAUAAAUUUCCGCUGCAAGCCUUCCUUCAGGGAGUCAGGAUCCCGGAACAUACGGGAGCCCAUUGUUGUCCGACAUCACUGGGUGCACCGGAGGCGGCAGGAAGGGAAAUGCCGGCAGUGUGGCAAGGGUUUUCAGCAGAAGUUUGCCUUCCACAGCAAAGAGAUUGUAGCCAUCAGCUGUUCCUGGUGCAAACAAGCGUAUCACAGCAAAGUAUCGUGUUUCAUGCUGCAACACAUUGAAGAGCCCUGCUCACUGGGGGCUCAUGCUGCUGUCGUCGUUCCUCCCACCUGGAUUCUGCGGGUCCGGCGGCCCCAGAAUCCACUGAAAUCUAGUAAGAAAAAGAAGAGGACGUCAUUCAAGCGGAAAUCCAGCAAAAAGGGGGCUGAGGAAGGGAGGUGGAAACCCUUUGUCAUCAAGCCCAUGCCAGCUCCUCUCAUGAAGCCCUUGCUGGUGUUCGUGAACCCCAAAAGUGGUGGGAAUCAGGGAGCCAAGAUCAUCCAAUCCUUCAUGUGGUAUCUCAACCCACGGCAGGUUUUUGACCUCAGCCAGGGUGGACCCAAGGAGGCGCUGGAGCUGUACCGCAAAGUCCACAACCUCCGGAUCCUGGCGUGCGGGGGAGAUGGCACGGUGGGCUGGAUACUCUCCAUUCUGGACCAGUUACGCAUCAACCCACCUCCUCCUGUGGCCAUCCUGCCUUUGGGGACAGGGAACGACUUGGCCAGAACACUGAACUGGGGUGGGGGUUACACAGAUGAGCCUCUGUCCAAGAUCCUAUCGCACGUUGAAGAUGGGAACAUAGUACAGCUCGAUCGCUGGAACCUCCAUGUGGAGCCAAACCCUGACACAAACCCUGAGGAAAAGGAUGAGGCAGCUGCUGACAAGCUCCCUUUGGAUGUCUUUAAUAACUACUUCAGCCUUGGCUUUGACGCACGGGUGACGCUGGAGUUCCACGAAUCUCGAGAGGCCAACCCAGAGAAGUUCAACAGCCGGUUUCGGAAUAAAAUGUUCUAUGCUGGGACGGCCUUCUCCGACUUCCUCACUGGGAGCUCCAAAGACUUGGCGAAGCAUGUCAGGCUGGUUUGUGAUGGGAUAGACCUGACCUCCAAGAUUCAGGACCUGAAGCCCCAGUGCCUGGUCUUCCUUAACAUCCCAAGGUACUGUGCAGGCACCAUGCCCUGGGGCAACCCUGGGGAGCACCAUGACUUCGAGCCCCAGCGCCAUGAUGAUGGCUGCAUUGAAGUUAUUGGCUUCACCAUGACAUCACUGGCUGCCUUGCAAGUCGGUGGCCAUGGGGAGCGGCUCUGUCAGUGCCGGCAGGUGGUUCUCACCACAUCCAAGGCCAUCCCCAUGCAGGUAGAUGGAGAGCCCUGCAAGCUGGCAGCUUCCUGCAUCCACAUCUCUCUGCGCAACCAAGCCAACAUGCUGCAGAAGACCAAGCGGCGCAACUCCAUGCCUCUGCUCAAUGACCAGCAGCCAGUGCCCGAGCGGCUGCGGAUCCGGGUGAGCCGCAUCAGCAUGCGCGACUAUGAGGCACUGAACUAUGACAAGGAAAAGCUCAAGGAAGCCUCUGUGCCACUGGGGAUCAUCGUGGUUCCAGGAGACAGUGACCUGGAGUUGUGCCGGACCCAGAUUGAGAAGCUACAGGAGGAUUUCCCUGCACAGCCCUCUGCUUUAGAGCGCCUGCUCUUCCAGGAGGGAGAUGGAGCCAAGCCGAAGACAGUGUCAUUCCAGAGGCUGUCACCCAAAUGGUGCUUCCUGGACUCAACCACGGCCGAUCGGUUCUACAGGAUAGACCGUGCACAGGAACACCUCAACUAUGUGACAGAGAUCUCUCAGGAUGAGCUCUAUGUCUUGGACCCAGAGCUAGUGGUCACUCAGACUGUGAGCACUUCUCCUGCCAUGCCUGACCUCGUGGACUCAUCUGCCACACCCCCUGGGCACCAUUUUGCAUUUCCUUCCUGUUCCUCCUCUCCAUCCUCCUCUCCUGCCCCCAGUGCUGAGCCUGAGCACUGCCUCCCACAUAACGAUGACCUUCUGAUAGAAGCUGCCAAGAGUGGUAACUUCAGCAAGUUCCAAGAGCUGCACCAAGCUGGAAGAGACCUGAUGGUGCGAGAUUCCUCGGGCCAGACUGUCCUCCACCAUGCUGUCAAAUCAGGAAGCAAGGACAUCGUCAAAUACAUCAUCGAGAAUGCUCCUUCAGAAAUCCUUGAUGCCACAGAGGAGGAGAAUGGUGAAACCAGCUUGCACCAGGCUGCAGCCUUACGCCAGCGCACUAUCUGCCACUACAUCGUGGAGGCUGGGGCCUCGCUCAUGAAGACAGACCUGCAGGGAGACACCCCGAAGCACCGUGCUGAGAAAGCCAAUGACCCCGACUUAGCUGCCUACCUCGAGAACCGACAGCACUACCAGAUGAUCCAGCGGGAGGACCAGGAGACAGCUGUGUAGUGCUUGGCGUGCCUUAGCCCGAGCCAGCUCAUUCAGGAUGAGAAGAGUACAAUGCCAACUGCAGAGCUGCAUCUGGCCCAACCGUCCCCAGAUGCUAGCCUGCUCCCUGGAGAUGGACGCAGAAGAGCUCUGCCCCAGGCGGGCUGGAACUCUGUUUAUGAGGACAAUGGAUAUUUCAGACUUGAAGCCUGAUUCUUUGUGUGUGCCCUUCACCUCUCAUUCACCACAUUCCCUGCCCUAGGUGGGCUCUAUCCUCCAGCCAUGUUAAAGCAGGCCAGGCUGAAGCCUGCAGUCACCCUUGUUCGUGGGAGUAAUUCCAGUGCCCCCUCCACAGGCUCCUACCUAUAAUCCUUAUGGGAUAUCAUUGCUCAGUCCUUCUCUCUGCUGGCAGUGCCCCUCUUUUAGGUGCUUGGCUAGGUUUGUGUCCUGUUCCUCCUCUCCUGUCUGGCACAGCUGUGGGAGGCACAGGCUGCAUGGACAGACUGCGGAGGCUGUGAGCCACAGACUGCCCCAAAGAAAGCACCACAACUUACUGGCCCUGCUUUCUCCUCCCUCCUGGGGCUGCACCAGGUCUCUGUGUUGCCCUACCCAGAGCCUUCUGCAGCAGGAGGGAAGUCACUUGUGCAUCCAGCCUUUCCUCAGAGCAUCUGCGUCUCGUGCAGCUGGAAGUAGAGCAGCAGGUGCUCUCCUGAUGGGCCUUGUGUGCUCAGUCAGCAGUCUGACUCAGGGCUGGGAUGGCAUGGAGGAAGGCUACCAAACCCUCCCACCGUGCUUCUCUCCAUGGGGCUGGGUGGAACAGUUUGCACACCCACUCUGCUGAGCAUCUCUUUGUGAGCCCGCUGCAGGAUGGUGGAGAGCUGCACUCAACUGGUGCAGUAGCAGCAGUGAUGUCUGUUAUAUUUCCCAAAUGCUGAGUUAGAUUCAGCUGCCCUCCUUGCUUCAGUUUCCCCCUCAAUGCUAGACUUUGCACGGGGCUGGACGGGCAGUGCUGGGGUCAGUGCUGCUCUCAGGGAUCUCCUCCUGUCCCCCAACCUGGCAACAUGCAUCCUCUUAGGCUGACUCCUGCUAUUCCCCAGACUGGGCACAGGGCUUUGCAGGGAGCUCACCAACCCACGUGGGCAAACCAUGAACUCACCCUCUCCAGUUUUAGUAGAAAGAAGGAUUUGGAUUCCCAGGAACCAUCAGGGCUCCUAGCCCUGAGUCAUGCCUACCGUGGGAUGGAGUUUCACAAAUCGCCUGUCAUGGGGCAUGAGGCACCACAAUGCAUCUCCCCUGUUGAUGCUGUAAGCACUUGAUGCCAAGACAUCAAGCCAGGCCUUAAGCAAGGCUUUUGCAGAACUGAGUCUCUGAGACCAGGAGGUGCCCACAGAGGAGAAAAGCUGAUGGCUCUGAGCCUAGCAGACCUGCUUGGCACUUUUGGGUGGGCAGUGGUUGUGAAGGGGGUUGCUGUUCACAUCUUUGCUCUAGGAGAGGAUUCUGCUGCUGCCGUGCGUGGUCUGUGCAGUCCCUCGGCACUGACAUGCAGCUGUGCCCACUGGGUCAUGCUGGAUGGCACUGUUUGAAUCCCUCCUACUACCAAGAAAAGGGUAUAAGGAUACUGUAGGGAACCAGAACACCCUUCAGACUUUUUGCCCAGGGGCAGGGUUUCCUUGAAGGAUGGGGAUGCUGUACUGGGGAGCAGAGGCACAGGGCAGUGCAGGGUGCCCAGGGGCCAGUGUCGGUAUUGGCAAAUAAUAAUGAAGUGUACUAAUGCAUUGACAGCUGGGACACUCCAGAAGUGCCUGGAGUUCUCAUCAGCACUGCUGGCAGGCCACUAAUAGACAAGGCACUGUCACUUCUCAGAGGUCCACACCACUGCUGCCCUAGACAGGAUACCCAACUUGGCCCAGAGGCAUUUAAGCCUCAGCUUUUCCCUUUCUCCCUUAUAGUUUUUCGUACAGGUAGUUGAGAGACACACUGUCCCCCUCCCUGCCUAGCCCCUCCGUGCACCUGUGAGCUGAGUUGCUGUGCAAUUCCAAGCCUGCUUAUAUUUUGGUGAAGAAGGAGGAGGUGUUGGUUACCCUGCUCCCUGAGGGCAGGGGUUCUGUGCAAUACCUGGGUCUGUGUUUCUUAGACACUGUUGUAGGAUUGUAUUUUUGUAAUUAUGUGAGGAUGCUGGCUCCAGCUGGGCCAGGGCCUGGCAUGAGCCUGUAUUCCCAUUGCUUUUCAACUUUGACUGUUUGAUGUUGUUGUUUCUUGCCAUUGUAAUAAAGAGAUUGAUGUUUUA